CGAAAUUACGAGCAGGAUUCUGCUUCUGAUCAAGACAUGAACUACCCAAGCCUGACUUGAAACUAAUGUUCCGGACUUUAAAAGAGCUGAAGACUAGCCCUCAUCUAGCCCAGACCUCAAUCUUUUAGAAUUCAAAUUAUGAUAACCAAAAUGUUACAACACGUUCUUUUUCUGACGGUUUUUCUUCUGUCCGGGAGGAAUGCGGUCGACUCAGCAAAACAAGAUGUCCGCGUCUCCGACUCUUACCUGCCCGUAGCCAUGCAGAUCAUCGCUCAUCUUACUGACCAAAUGUCUUUUGAAAUGAAAGACGAGGUUCCUCUAAAAACUACUACAACUCACAAACCAUUAGAUAUAACAACACCAUUCCACAAACCUGGCCUAUAUUCACCAUCAUCACCACCAAAGCCUUCAGACCGUAUUUCCCCUGGCAAGAACUUCCCAAAAACCCAACAAUUUGUCCUUCUCCCUAUCGAGCAGCAUCAAUACAGCCUGAUCAAACCACAAGGCACCAAGUCCGAUGGACCCCUUCUGGCAGCUCAUAACGAAGAGGUGAAUCCUAUUGUGGAUCCAGCACCAAAUGACCCACAUUUGCUGCCACCAUAUGAUGAUUUGAAGGUCUCAAGCCGUUCUGAUGAUUUUGAUGAAGAGAACUUGCAGUAUCUAUCUGCAAAUGUAAGAGAAAUGAUAAGAAUGGCCAAUGAUCCUGAUGAUGAUAGGAUUGUAGACGUGUGGGAAGGUCUCAGAUUGAAUCCAGCGGAACCUUCCUCUAAAGGCAAAUUGUCAACGUCUAAUUUGAGACUUUUAUUGCUGUACGAUCUACUGAGCAGAGACGCUAAACGGCAGAGGCUAUCUGACUACAGUGGUUUCUCGCCUGAAGUUAUGAAGUCUCUUGCUGAGUCAUCUAGCGGUGGUGCGCGGGCACAACUCAGCAUGGCUCUCUCCAAGAUGGUAGAUCGACACGACUGCGGCCAUGAUUACGCUAACAACAGAUCCAAAGAGAUGGUCGCGGAGUUGGCGAAGGAUGAAUCCACUUUAUCAGCAGCUUUAAGAUACUUACAGCCACUUGUUUAUAAGCUUUAGAUUUUCUAAAUAAUUAUACAACGUUAUACGUACUUUUUGUAAUUAAAAGUGUUCUAAUUUAAAAAAAAAUAUAGUUUUAUCUAUGAUUGUAGCGUAAAAAUGUUUACAGCCAAAUCCACAAAUUAAUCUAGGUCGCUGAAAUUGUAGUAAUUCGUUUUAUUUCUUCGAUAAAUAUUAUGAAGAACGAAAUGAUAUAUAUUUUGAUGAAAAUUCUGGCUUUCCAAGAAAACUAUUGAAGAGGUAUUUAUAUCUUAACAAAUUAUAGAAAUAGCGUCACAUUUAACCCUAUGUAUUCAUAUUAUAUAUAGUCUUGAUAUUUAAAACUUUCGCAAGACUUUUAAACAAAUACGAUAUGUUAUACGAUAGUUUAAGAAAUCUCCCAUUUUUAUCAAUUAUUCGAACGCAAUUUUUUUAUAAGGAAAAUUUAGUAUUAAUUUUCAUACUUAGAUGAUAUGUGUGACAUGAUUUGAUUAGUGGUCUUAUGUAUAUAAUAAAU